UUCAGGAUAUUUCUUUUUCAGAAAAGAAAAAGGGAUUGAAAGUGCACUAACAGAACUGAACCCUUUGUUAGUCAAAGGCUUUUACUCCAUCAAAUACUUGGGCACCAAUGAAAAAGCCGGCUGCUUUCUAAUAACGUGUGUGCCUAGCAGAGUGCUGAGCACAUUAAUAUUUGCGGAAUUGAAUGGAUUUGAAAAUAGUGGGUAUACCAGAUAACUCUAUAAGAAAAGUCUUUAAUUAAUAAAACUAGCAAGUGUUCUUGAAAACGUUCAACAGCUGAAAGCCCCUUAGAUACAGGAUAUUUGGGGUAGUGAUGUAAUGGUCCCAGGCACAGAGCUUUCUGGUGGGGAUGCAUUCUUAGGGGUUGUGGAUGAGACCAGAGGAGACUGGCUCGGCUAAGACACCAGGUUUGUACAGGUGGAUAAAGGCCAGUGACAAUGACUAAACUGAAGGACUCCCCAUGGUGGGCAGGGCAGGGUUAUGGGAUUUCUGGGUUUCCUCUCAGCGUGACUUGACGAGACCUCUUGUUUGUAGUGUUCUAAUCAUGACAUCCUCUACACUGGAAGAUUCCCACGGGCAUCUUUGUUUUCUCUGCCACAGGAGAUAUGGGCACACCUGAAACCAUGGCCCCCGUUAUAGUGACUCCUCCGGGCAACAGGAGUGUGGUAGCUGGAACCAGUGAAGUCACCUUGGAAUGUAUAGCCAAUGCCAGACCUGUGGAAGAGCUGAGUGUGUCCUGGAAGAGGAACGGGCUGAGGGUCAACAGUGGGCUGCACAGCUUUGGGAGGCGUCUCACCAUCAGCAGCCCGACAUCUGCCGACACCGGGAUGUACGUCUGCGAGGCGGUGCUGCGGGGGAGCGCCUUCCAACCAGCUAGAGCGAAAGCCUUUCUCUCCAUCAUAGAGCCGCCUUACUUUACCGCUGAACCGGAGAGCCGGAUUUUAGUUGAAGUAGAAGAAACUGUGGACAUUGUAUGCCAAGUGAUGGGGGUCCCCCUGCCCACCCUCCAGUGGUACAAGGAUGCUGUCUCCAUCAACAAGCUCCAGAAUCCUCGAUACAAAGUACUCUCAAGUGGAGGCUUGCACAUCCAGAAGCUGCAUCCAGAAGAUUCCGGAAUCUUCCAGUGCUUUGCCAGUAAUGAAGGCGGGGAGAUCCAGACCCAUACCUACCUGGAUGUCACCAAUAUCGCUCCGACGUUCACUCAGCGCCCAGAAGACACCACGGUGACAGAUGGGAUGACAGCUGUUCUCACGUGUGCGGUGUCUGGGGCUCCCAAACCCGCCAUCAUGUGGAAGAGAGGGAACCAGAUUUUGGCCAGUGGCUCAGUUCAGAUUCCUAGAUUCAUGCUUCUUGAGUCCGGGGGCCUGCAGAUAAGCCCCGUCUUCAUCCAGGAUGCUGGCAACUACACCUGCUAUGCCACCAACACGGAGGGCUCCCUGGACGCGUCCGCCAUGCUCACCGUGUGGAAUCGCACGUUCAUCGUUCACCCUCCAGAGGAUGGGGUGGUGAUUAAGGGGACCACUGCCACGCUGCACUGCGGAGCAACACAUGACCCAAGGAUUUCCAUCCGCUACGUCUGGAAGAAGGACAAUGUGAUGAUUAACCCUUCUAGCAGUUCUCGAAUUGUGGUGGAAAAAGACGGGUCACUCCUCAUCAGUCAGACGUGGUCCGGCGACAUCGGGGACUACACCUGUGAAAUCAUUUCUCAGGGAGGGAAUGACUCUCGGACAGCCCGACUGGAAGUGAUUGAGCUCCCGCAUCCUCCCCAGAACCUCCUGGCCAGCCUGAAUGCUUCCCACAGCCACACUGUCACGCUCUCCUGGGUGCGACCCUUUGAUGGAAACAGCCCUGUCCUUUAUUACAUUGUGGAGGUCUCAGAGAACAAUUCUCCAUGGAAAGUACAUCUGUCAAAUGUUGGCCCCGAGAUGACAGGGGUCACUGUGAGUGGCCUGACCCCUGCUCGCACCUACCAGUUCCGGGUGUGCGCCGUUAACCAAGUGGGCAAGGGCCAGUACAGCGCGGAAACAAGCAGAUUGAUGUUGCCUGAAGAACCACCCAGUGCUCCCCCAAAAAAUAUUGUGGCCAGUGGGCGUACCAACCAGUCCAUCAUGGUCCAGUGGCAGCCACCCCCAGAAACCGAGCACAAUGGGGUCCUGCGUGGGUACAUCCUCAGGUACCGCCUGGCCGGCCUGCCUGGGGAGUACCAGCAGAGGAACAUCAGCAGCCCGGAGGUGAACUACUGCCUGGUGAAGGACCUGAUCAUCUGGACGCAGUACGAAAUCCAGGUGGCUGCUUACAACGGGGCUGGCCUGGGUUUGUUCAGCAGGGCGGUGACCGAGUACACUUUGCAAGGAGUGCCCACCGCACCCCCCCAGAACGUGCAGACCGAAGCGGUGAACUCCACGACUGUGCAGUUCCUGUGGAACCCUCCACCUCAGCAGUUUAUCAAUGGCAUCAACCAGGGAUACAAGCUUCUAGCCUGGCCAGUGGACGUCCCUGAGGCUGUCACCAUUGUCACCAUUGCUCCAGAUUUCCAUGGCGUCCACCAUGGGUACAUCACCAACCUGAAGAAGUUUACCGCGUACUUCACAUCUGUUCUGUGUUUUACCACUCCAGGGGACGGGCCUCCAAGUACGCCUCAGCUCAUCUGGACUCAUGAGGACAAACCGGGAGCUGUGGGGCAUCUGAGCUUCACAGAGAUUCUGGACACAUCUCUGAAGGUCAGCUGGCAGGAGCCCCUGGAGAAGAAUGGCAUCAUUACAGGCUAUCAGAUUUCCUGGGAGGUGUAUGGAAAAAACGACUCCCGCCUUGCACGCACUCUGAACAGCACAACCCAUGAAUACAAAAUCAAAGGGCUGUCUUCCCUCACCACCUAUACCAUUGAAGUGGUGGCUGUCACUGCAGUGGGGGCUGGACUGGUGACCUCCUCCACCAUCUCCUCUGGCGUCCCCCCAGAACUCCCUGGUGCCCCAUCCAAUCUGGUCAUUUCCAACAUCAGCCCUCGCUCUGCCACUCUUCAGUUCCGACCUGGCUAUGAUGGGAAGACUUCCAUCUCCAGAUGGAUCGUGGAGGGACAGGUCGGGGCCGUUGGUGAUGAAGAGGAAUGGGUCAGCCUGUAUGAGGAGGAGAACGAGCCUGACGCCCAGACGCUUGAAAUCCCAAACCUCACGCCCUACACUCACUACAGAUUUCGAAUGAGGCAAGUGAAUAUUGUUGGUCCAAGCCCUUUCAGCCAGUCUUCCAGGGUCAUCCAGACCCUGCAAGCCCCACCGGACGUGGCUCCAACCAGCAUCACCAUCCGCACCGCAAGCGAGACCAGCCUGUGGCUGCGCUGGGUGCCCUUGCCGGACUCCCAGUACAACGGGAACCCUGAGUCGGUGGGCUACAGGGUCAAGUACUGGCGCGCAGACCUCCAGGCUCAGGUGCUGGCCCAAGUUAUCAAUGACCGGCUGGAGAGGGAGUUCACCAUCGAGGAGCUGGAGGAAUGGACGGAAUACGAGCUGCAGAUGCAAGCCUUCAACGCCAUCGGGGCUGGGCCAUGGAGCGAGGUGGUGCGGGGUCGCACACGGGAGUCAGUUCCUUCAGCCGCCCCUGGAAAUGUUUCAGCCGAGGCUGUCAGCUCCACCCAGAUCCUCCUGACAUGGGCUUCCGUGCCCGAACAGGACCAGAAUGGGCUCAUAUUGGGCUACAAGAUUCUGUUCCGGGCCAAGGACUUGGACCCCGAGCCCAGGAGCCACGUCGUGCGGGGGAACCACACACAGUCGGCCCUGCUGGCAGGCCUGCGCAAGUUCGUGCUCUACGAGCUCCAGGUGCUGGCCUUCACCCGCAUCGGGAACGGGGUGCCCAGCUCGCCGCUCAUCCUGGAGCGCACCAAGGACGACGCCCCAGGCCCGCCGGUGAGACUCGUCUUCCCAGAAGUGAGAUUAACAUCAGUACGAAUCGUGUGGCAGCCCCCAGAGGAACCCAACGGCAUCAUUCUGGGCUACCAGAUCGCCUACCGCCUGGCCACCAGCAGCCCCAACACCUUCACCACAGUGGAGGUUGGCGCCACUGUGCGGCAGUUCACAGCUACCGAGCUGGCCCCCGAGUCGGCCUACAUCUUCCGGCUGUCAGCUAAGACGAGGCAAGGCUGGGGGGAGCCGCUGGAGGCCACUGUCAUCACCACCGAGAAGAGAGAGCGGCCUGCACCCCCCCGAGAGCUCAUGGUCCCCCAGGCAGAGGUGACCGCCCGCAGCCUCCAGCUCCAGUGGACUCCGGGCAGUGACGGCGCCUCCCCGAUCCGGUACUUCACCGUGCAGGUGCGAGAGCUGCCUGCCGGAGGGUGGCAGACCUACUCCUCAUCUGUCAGCCACGAGGUCACUGCCUGCAUGGUCGAAAGGCUGAGGCCCUUCACCUCCUACAAGCUGCGCCUGAAAGCCACCAAUGACAUCGGGGACAGCGACUUCAGUGCGGAGACAGAGGCGGUGACCACACUGCAGGAUGUUCCAGGAGAGCCCCCCAGUCUUGUCUCAGUGACUCCGCACACCACGUCCUCUGUCCUGAUCCAGUGGCAGCCUCCGCGGGAUGAGAGCCUGAACGGUCUCCUUGUGGGGUACAGGAUCUACUACCGGGAGCUGGAGUACGAGGCUGGGCCCGGCACCGAGGUCAAGACGGUGAAGAGCCCUUCUGCCUUGAGAGCCGAGCUCACAGCCCACAGCAGCUUCAAGACCGUGAACAGCACCUCCACAUUAACCACGUACGAAUUAACACAUCUGAAGAAAUACAGACGCUACGAGGUGAUCCUGACUGCCUAUAACAUCAUCGGUGAAAGCCCCUCCAGCGCGCCUGUGGAGGUCUUUGUGGGUGAGGCCGCCCCUGCGAUGCCCCCACAGAGCGUGCAGGUAAACCCCCUCACAGCCAGCCAGCUGGAGGUCACGUGGGACCCACCGCCCCCGGAGAGCCAGAAUGGGAACAUCCAAGGCUAUAAGAUCUAUUACUGGGAGGCUGACAGCCAGAAUGAGACAGAGAAGAUGAAGGUCCUGUUCCUCCCUGAGACUUCAGUGAAGCUCAAGAACCUGACCAGCCACACCAAGUACCUGGUCAGCAUAUCUGCCUUCAAUGCUGCUGGGGACGGGCCCACGAGUGACCCCCGGCAGGGGUGGACGCAUCAGGCAGCCCCUGGUGCCCCCAGCUUUCUGGCAUUCUCAGAAAUCACCUCCACCACGCUCAAUGUGUCCUGGGGUGAGCCGGUGGCAGCCAACGGUGUCCUGCAGGGCUACCGGGUGGUGUACGAGCCCUUAGCACCUGUCCAAGGCGUGAGCAAGGUGGUGACAGUGGACAUUAAAGGGAAUUGGCAGCGCUGGCUAAAGGUGCGGGACCUCACAAAAGGAGUGACCUACUUCUUCCGCGUACAAGCGCGCACCAUCUCCUAUGGACCCGAGAUACAAGCAAAUGUCACAGCCGGGCCAGCAGAGGGUUCCCCGGGUUCCCCCAGAGAUGUCUUGGUCACCAAAUCUGCCUCUGAGCUGACCCUGCAGUGGACGGAGGGAAACACUGGCAGCGCACCCACCACAGGCUAUGUCAUAGAGGCCAGGCCAUCAGAUGAAGGCUUGUGGGACAUGUUUGUGAAGGACAUUCCACGGAGCGCCACAUCCUACACUGUCAGCCUGGACACGCUCAGGCUCGGUGUGUCCUACGAGUUCCGUGUGGUGGCUGUCAAUGAGGUGGGCUACGGGGAGCCCAGCAGCCCCUCCACAGCUGUGUCAGCGGAAGUGGAAGCCCCGUUCUACGAAGAGGGGUGGUUCCUCGUGGUGGUGGGACUCUCCAGCCUGAUCGUCAUCCUGCUGGUGGCCUUCACCCUGGUCUUACACGGACAAAAUAAGAAGUACAAGAGCUGCAGCACAGGUAAGAGCAUCUCCAAUAUGGAGGAGUCCGUGACCCUGGACAACGGGGGAUUUGCCGCCCUGGAGCUCAACAGUCGCCACCUCAAUGUCAAGAGCACCUUCUCCAAGAAGAACGGGACCAGAUCCCCUCCUCGGCCCAGCCCAGGCGGGCUGCACUACUCAGAUGAGGACAUCUGCAGCAAGUACAACGGGGCUGUGCUGACCGAGAGCGUGAACCUCAAGGAGAAGUCCGUGGACGUGUCCGAGUCCGAGGCCACUGACUCUGACUACGAGGACGAGCUGCCCAAGCACUCCUUCGUCAACCACUACAUGAGCGACCCCACCUACUAUAACUCCUGGAAGCGCCGGCCCCCCAGCGGCAAGGCCCCGGCACCCUACCGCUACGAGGAGUGUGAGGCCAGUGAGCCCGGGUCCCGCUUCCAGACGGUGGUCACCACGCAGAGCUCGGGCGGCGUGUACACGCCUGGGGGCCCGCAGCCCGGCGCCCGCACGCCGCUCACUGGCUUCUCCUCGUUCGUGUGAGCAGAGCUGCCGGGCUGCUAUCAGGGUACAACAGAUGUGGACACUCACA